CCUGUCUCCUGAGGUGGACGUCAGGGCGCAGACAGAGCAGGAGCAAAACACAAGUGGACGGGCACCCCCGGAAAACACGAACCCGUGGAUGGGAGGGAUGCGAAGGUGCCCGUAACCCACCUGGAUUGGCGCUGUAACCGGAUCCCAGUGCUGUCACGCAGCGGCGGAGGAGUUUACUGUCAUGUUUGUUUGGCAACCGGGUUUGUUCUGAGGCAGCCCGGGGGAGCGGUGGCAAAGGCGGGUCGAACCGGCGGACCGCUAAACUGGAUUACUGAGGUCCCCCCCCGGUGCCGCCUCACCCUCAGCGACGCAGCGUUUGUUUUAGGGGAGGCGGGGGUCGAAGCUGGGAUUUAGAAACGCUUCUUGAAAACUCUUCACCUCCCGCCGCUGCGCCGGGUUUGUCUGUCAAACGGUCAACUGCUCGUGGCCUUCGUCUCCCCCGUUGGGCACAAUCCGGAUUGGGACGCAUAUUUCGGGGAUCGUUUCCCCCCCAGCCGGGGUCGGACUAUGGCGGACGACGACAUUCUCUUUGAAGAUGUGUACGAGCUGUGCGAGGUCAUCGGCAAGGGUCCGUUCAGUGUGGUGAGAAGAUGUAUCAGCAGAGAGACAGGGCAACAGUUUGCCGUCAAAAUCGUGGACGUGGCGCAGUUCACCUCCAGUCCGGGACUCAGCACCGAGGAUCUGAAGCGGGAGGCAAGUAUUUGCCACAUGCUGAAGCACCCGCACAUCGUGGAGCUGCUGGAGACCUACAGCUCCGACGGGAUGCUCUACAUGGUCUUUGAGUUCAUGGAUGGAGCAGACCUGUGCUUUGAGAUUGUCAAGCGGGCGGAUGCUGGCUUCGUCUACAGCGAAGCGGUGGCCAGCCACUACAUGAGGCAGAUCCUGGAAGCGCUACGCUAUUGUCAUGACAACAAUGUCAUCCACAGAGAUGUCAAGCCUCACUGCGUGCUGCUGGCGUCCAAGGAGAAUUCUGCUCCAGUCAAGUUGGGCGGAUUUGGGGUGGCCAUCCAGCUCGGGGAGUCGGGACUGGUGGCAGGAGGUCGUGUGGGCACUCCACAUUUCAUGGCUCCAGAAGUGGUGAAAAGGGAGCCGUAUGGGAAGCCUGUGGACGUGUGGGGCUGCGGAGUGAUUCUCUUCAUACUCCUCUCAGGGUGUCUGCCAUUCUAUGGCACCAAAGAUCGUUUGUUUGAAGCCAUCUGCAAAGGCAAAUACAAGAUGAAUCCAAGACAGUGGUGCCACAUCUCGGAAAGCGCUAAGGACCUGGUGAGGCGCAUGCUGAUGCUGGACCCUGCUGAGAGGAUCACCGUCUACGAGGCGUUAAAUCACCCCUGGCUCAAGGAGAGGGACAGGUAUGCCUACAAAAUCCACCUGCCUGAGACUGUGGAGCAGCUGAGGAAAUUCAACGCCAGGCGGAAGCUGAAGGGGGCGGUGCUGGCUGCAGUGUCCAGUCAUAAGUUUAAUACCUUCUAUGGAGACCCGCCCGAGGAGCUCCAGGAUUACUCUGAAGACCCCACCUCCUCAGGACUUCUAGCAGCAGAAAGAGCUGUGUCUCAGGUGUUGGACAGUUUAGAGGAGAUCCAUGCUUUGACAGACUGCAGCGAAAAGGAUCUAGACUUCCUCCACAGUGUUUUUCAGGAUCAGCAUCUACACACGCUGCUCGAUCUCUACGAUAAAAUCAACACAAAGUCGUCCCCACAGAUCAGAAACCCCCCCAGUGAUGCUGUACAGAGAGCCAAAGAGAAUCCCUCCCAAGAUGAAGCAAGUGGCGCUUUGAAACAUCUGGAAUGUGUACUGGAAGAAAUCUCCUGCUACCCAGAGAACCACGAAGCGAAGGAACUCAGGCGGUUACUCACACAGCCGCAUUUCAUGGCCUUAAUGCAGGCCCACGACGUGGUGGCCCACGAGGUCUACAGCGACGAGGCUCUGAGGGUGACACCUCCACCCACCUCGCCCUACCUAAAUGGAGACUCCCCAGAGAGCACCAACGGAGAAAUGGACCUGGAGAACGUCACCAGAGUCCGCCUGGUCCAGUUUCAGAAGAACACGGAUGAGCCCAUGGGUAUCACACUGAAGAUGAACGAGUCGAACCACUGCAUAGUGGCCAGGAUAAUGCACGGAGGAAUGAUCCACAGGCAAGGAACGCUGCAUGUCGGUGACGAGAUCCGAGAGAUCAACGGCAUCAGCGUGGCCAACCAGACCGUGGAGCAGCUGCAGAAGAUGCUGAGGGAGAUGCGCGGCAGCAUCACGUUCAAGAUCGUGCCAAGUUAUCGGGCACAGGGCUCAUCGUGUGAGAAAGAGUCCCCCACCACCUCCAGGCAGUCACCUGCCAAUGGCCACUCCAGCGUUAACAGUUCUAUCUUGGACCUGCCCUCCACCAUUCAGCCCAAAGGUCGACAGAUUGUAUCCAGACCUUCAAUCAAGGACAAAAUGUCUAUCAAGAUCUACGUGAGAGCUCAGUUUGAAUACGACCCCUCCAAAGAUGACCUCAUCCCCUGCAAGGAGGCGGGCAUUCGCUUCCGGGUGGGCGACAUCAUCCAGAUUAUAUCCAAGGACGACCACAACUGGUGGCAGGGGAAACUGGAGAACACGAAAAAUGGCACAGCGGGUCUCAUCCCGUCGCCAGAGCUUCAGGAGUGGCGUGUGGCGUGUAUAGCCAUGGAGAAGACCAAGCAGGAGCAGCAGGCCAGCUGCACGUGGUUUGGCAAGAAGAAGAAGCAGUACAAAGACAAGUAUUUGGCAAAGCACAACGCAGUGUUUGACCAAUUAGACCUGGUCACGUAUGAAGAGGUGGUGAAGCUUCCUGCCUUCAAGAGGAAAACGUUGGUGCUGUUGGGCGCUCACGGCGUGGGUAGACGACACAUCAAGAACACACUCAUCACCAAACACUCCGACAGAUUCGCCUACCCCAUCCCACACACGACCAGACCUCCAAAGAAAGAUGAGGAGAACGGGAAGAACUACUACUUUGUGUCCCAUGACCAGAUGAUGCAGGACAUCAGCAACAAUGAGUACCUGGAGUACGGAAGUCACGAGGACGCCAUGUACGGAACACGACUGGAGACCAUCCGGAAAAUCCACCAACAGGGACUUGUGGCUAUCCUGGACGUGGAACCUCAGGCCCUGAAGGUCCUACGCACAGCAGAGUUUGCUCCAUACGUCAUCUUCAUCGCUGCACCAACGAUCACACCGGGCAUCACUGAGGACGAGUCUCUCCAGCGGCUGCAGAAGGAGUCGGAGAUCCUGCAGAAAACUUACACCCACUACUUUGACCAGACGCUCAUCAACAACGAGAUCGACGAAACCAUCAGGCACCUGGAGGAGGCGGUGGACCUGGUGUCCACCAGCAGCCAGUGGGUCCCCGUCUCCUGGGUCUACUGACCUCCUCCUCUGGCCUCCUCCUCCUGCUCCCACAUACAAACUCCCAUCAUUCCCUGUUCAAAAAAAAAAGUUUAACAGGAAAUACAGCUACACUGCACGUGACGGAGCACACACCCUCAGCGUGCGCUGAUGGCAGCCGCAGCGUCCAAACGAAAUCCCUCCGGACCGCCGCACAGACGCCUGCAGCAGCCAAUCAGACUCUUGCCCUUACAGAGGACCACGUCGUAGUGUUGUGUAAAACAAAGUAAAUGAAUAUUGUCCUGUCUGUACUAUCUAGGAGGCGACAUUUUUGUAGAUGUUUGUUUUAAAGAGACAGUACUGCGUCCUCCCCCGGCGCCGACGUCUUCAAACUAAACAUCGCCAUGGGUGGAUUUUCCGUCGUUCAGCGGACCGAAAUAAAAGCACACAAACACUGCAGCGUCUCCAGCCAUCAAUCACAUUCAUGUCGUGACUUCUGCUUCACUGCGCAAGCUUGGGAGCGGAGCCAAAUGAUUCUGAACGCCCUGAGACAUAACGGUACGCUGAGCUGCAGGACUUAAGAUGCUCUUUGUCGUGAUGUAAAAAAAAAACAUGGAGUGAAGCUCAUUUGAUAAACCUGAAAACAUUCCAGCUGUGAUUUUUGUUUUGUUUCUUGCAUGGCGCCAUUACUGGGCGACGAGAUUUUUCUUUUCGUUUCCACAUUUUCUGUGCAAGUACAAGCAAGACAUUUUGAUCUCAGUCGAAAACAAUGCUGACAUCCGAUAACGAUGGCAACGAGGUCCUUUCACACACACACACACCAAGUGCAGGUGCAUCAUCAGAGGCUAGGUGGCGCUCACAUAAAGUACGCAGGAACAUUUAUCCCGUCAACAUGAAGAGGACCAAACAUCUCAGACGUCUGCCUUUAAUGUCAUACAAACAUCCUACAGGUGGGCAGUUCCCAUUUUACGAAGGACUAUGGAAGUUAUUUUGGUCAAAAUAUAGAAGGAUACAGCGUGGUUACAGUUUAUCGUAUUUUCCGGAGUAUAAGUUGUACCCAUUUUCUGUAUGUGGAACUCACUUUGUAAAGCCGUGUUUCCCUCGGUGCGAGUUUAACAACAGACAAGAACUACAGUAUGUGUAACACGUGUGCACACCACAGCCUGUACAGUUACUUAACAUGAGUUUUAAAUUCCCAGAAAUUAGCCACAUGAACAAAUCAAUGUGUGAUAACAUACUGGAGGUUAUUUGAUGCAGUUUGGACAAAUGAAAUCAUCAGAUGGACACAGAUUGCUAACAAACUGCCUUUGAAAUACAACAACAAUGAAAAUGAGAGUCCAUUUGAUUUAAUCAGCUCUUUAAUUUGGGAUUUUUGUGCAUUUAAGUUUAUUUUGUUUAGUGCUUUGAUUGCUGUGAAAGACCCACAUAAAUAUUUAAUAUAGUCGCUAUUAAUAACAAUAAACAUGUUUUUUUUAAUGCAUAAAUCAUGCUGGUAGGACCUCCCAAAUUAGUAAAAAAAAAUGUAAUAAGAAUGUGACUUGUACUCUGGAACAUAUGUACAUAAAAUUUUACUACUGUAGUUUGAAUUUUGGGAUGGAAGUGAAUCUCACUCCAACAAAUAUGACGUAGCUGUCGUCGUGUCACAGGCCCAACACUUUGUGUCCAUCUUCCAUGACUGUGGUCUGUAGUCAGUUCGUUGUCGUUUGUUUUAAGCAGUGCUGACAUCACAAUAUUUUUACUAUAAUUAAUGGUCACAGCACCGAUCCUGUGACAUACAGUCAGGCGCCGCAGUGCAUCGCUGCCACCUACUGAUAAGUCUAGCCAGCAGUCACAGACCCGGUUCCUCUUCAGAAGUAGUUUUUUUUUUUCACCCCAAAGUGCUGCUGUUGAAGCACCUCAUCUCCUCAUUUGUUGCUUUCAGGCCCCGUUGUUCUUCCUACAAGAGCAAAACCCGCGAGCCCUUAAUGUGUACCAAGGUUUGGAGCGCCAUCUUUUCUCCUAAGAUUUUGGUUCUGCUCGUACCAUCGACAGCUGCACAAUAAACCACACUUUAGUUUUGUACAAUUUUCACAAAGUGCAUCAGGAAAAAAAGACAAGCGCAGGAUCCACAUUGCAUCAUGUGUAUUUGCUAGUAUGAUUUUUUUCCACCGCGCACACGCCGUCUUAUCAGGUACUGUCUCUUCUAAAUGACGCUCCAGAGGUUUGAAUGCGGUACAUGCAUGUGGACGUUUGCAAGUUUCCAUGCUGUGAGUCAGUCAGUGUUCCCUCAUGUUUCCCACCAAAAACC